GUUUUACUUAGUGUUCUCUAUGUCCUUAUUCAUCUUCGUCUGCCCUUUUUAUAGUGAUUGCUUUAGCAGUCUCCAUAGGUAGACUGCUCCAUAGUCACUCUGAACUGUAGAUUCAUAGUUGUAAAGGCGCGAGAAUGGGGAACGACCGGGUUCCAGUGGUGAUAGGAGUGGUUCUGUUUGUGUUGUUAACACCAGGAUUGUUGUUUCAGUUGCCUGGCAGGAAGAGAGCAGUAGAGUUUGCCAACAUGCAGACAAGCGGCAUCUCCAUAUUCAUAGACACCAUUCUCUUCUUUGGUUUCAUUACCAUCUUCCUCAUUGCCAUUGGAGUCCACAUCACAUCAGGAUAGCAUUAUUUACAGCCAUCUAUCCACUAUUCAGGCGUCCCUUUCCGCUUUCUGUCAUCUCAUGUACUAUUAUGAUCUUUUCUUUAGAUUAAUAAAGCUUUUCUUUCCAA